AGAAUCCAAAACCUCAAACCCAAAUAUAUUCAUAUUUGAGAGAGAGAGAGAGAGAUGAGCAAUCUAAGUGGGAAGUUAGUAUCACAAAUAGAGGUGAAGUCGGAUGGGGAUGUGUUCCAUGAAAUCUUUAGGUAUAGACCACAUCAUAUCUCCACUAUGAGCUCAGACAAGAUUCAUGGCUGUGAUUUGCAUGAGGGCGACUGGGGAAACGUUGGCUCUGUCAUCUGCUGGACUUUUACUCAUGAUGGGAAAAAGAAGAUUGCAAAAGAGAUAAUUGAAGCCAUAGAUGAGGAACAUAAAACAGUGAAAUUCAAGGUGAUUGAAGGUGAUCUGUUAGAACAUUACAAAAGUUUGAGCAUAACUGUUCAUGUUGACACAAGGGGCAUAAACAACUUGGUGACUUGGACCUUAGAGUUUGAGAAGAAGAAUGAGAGUACCCCAGAGCCACACACUUUGAUGCAGUUUGUCUUAGAUGUCACCAAAGACAUUGAGACCCACCAUCUCAAGUGACAAAUUAAAUCUCACAAAUUCUUGGCUGUUUUAAUUCAUACCCAGAUAGAUCAUCCAUCAAUACUUUAAUAACUUAGCUUGCACGACGGGCUUUAAGUUAUUAAAUUAUUGCUAUGAUGUCUAUCUCUCAAUGGAUUAAAAUCAACCAAGAAUUUUUCAACUUAUUGUUGGCUUGCUAAAUAAAUUAUUAAAUAUUAUGUGAAUGUGUUUGGAAGUUUGCAGUUCAAAUGAAUGUAAUAAAUAAUGUAAGCUUUUCAAAGCUUAACUUGUCAACAAAAUGUUUAUAUGUAACUUAAAUGUAAUAGUGGUGUGUUACUAUGGUGGUAUAUUUGGAAAUGUUAAUAAUAUUAUAAGAAAUGAAAGAGUC